CUCUCCCUUCUUGACCCCUGGCCCUUCCCUCCCUCCUUCCCUCUCGCCGCCGUAGCUUCUGGCGCAGCCGCUCCCGGAGGAGCACCCGCCGCCAACGGUGAUGGGGUCUCGGGCCUCCACGUUACUGCGGGACGAAGAGCUCGAGGAGAUCAAGAAGGAGACUGGCUUUUCCCACAGUCAGAUCACGCGCCUGUACAGCCGGUUCACCAGCCUGGACAAAGGGGAGAAUGGGACUCUCAGCCGGGAAGAUUUCCAGAGGAUUCCAGAACUUGCCAUUAACCCACUGGGGGACCGGAUCAUCAACGCUUUCUUUUCAGAGGGAGAGGACCAGGUUAACUUCCGAGGAUUCAUGAGAACUUUGGCUCAUUUCCGACCCAUUGAGGAUAAUGAAAAGAGCAAAGAUGUGAAUGGACCUGAACCACUCAACAGCCGAAGCAACAAACUGCACUUUGCUUUCAGACUGUAUGAUUUGGAUAAAGAUGACAAGAUCUCCCGUGAUGAGCUGUUACAGGUGCUACGAAUGAUGGUUGGAGUGAAUAUCUCAGACGAGCAGCUGGGCAGCAUUGCGGACAGGACCAUCCAGGAGGCUGAUCAGGAUGGGGACAGUGCCAUAUCCUUUACAGAAUUUGUUAAGGUUUUGGAGAAGGUGGAUGUAGAACAGAAAAUGAGCAUCCGGUUUCUUCACUAAAGGACAGGGACCAAAUUAUUCUUGCUUUCUAGUAUUUAAGAACUGGAACUUCCUUCUGUCUGUCUGCCCCACCCCCAUCUUGUUAUUCCCUUUUCCCAUAAAACUACUGCUCUUGCAUGACAACCCGAAGUCUCUCCUGUCCACACAGACUUGCCUUUGGUGUAUAAACAGGGCGUUCAGAAUGGUACCCUUGGUCUAUUUCUGUCCAGUAUGCACCCACCAGGUCUCUGUUGUAAGUAUCAUCUUCCCUUGUUUUGCUGCUGAAUGCCAUGCAUCCAUCCUGUCUGAGGAAAUGAAAUAGUACUCAUAUCAAGAACCAGCCAGCAAAGCUCCCACUGGAUGGAGACCGUAUCCAUGCUGCCUUCCCUUCAUCAAGCCUCCGUCAUGUUCCUGUUUCCUUGUUGUGUCCUUUACUUCCUACUUCCCGUCACCCAGCCUUCUCUCCAUUUGGUCUCUGAGCCUCCCUCCUUUUCAUCAGGAUUCCCUGUGUUCUGCUAGACUCCAGGCUCUGCUGUCAAGUCUGUCUGAUUGGCAGGAUAGUGCGUGGUCUGGUGGUUUAUAGCUACCUUCUCCUGGAUGUGUCUUUGGGGCACUGCUGUCCAGGAGCUUUUCAGCAACCAGUACAAGUCCUAGAAAGCAUGUGACUCAGUCCCCUGCGCUGCUCUUGUCACAGGGCUGUUCCUGAAAGGUGGCGUCACCGUGAGGCUUGUAGAGCCACAUCUCCUAGGUGGUUUCCCCAGGUCUCUCUACCUCUGGCUUUUUAUUUUCAACAUAUUUAUAUGGCCUCUUUUCUGAGUACAGUGUUGACAUUCAGAAUUAGUCUUAUGCCUGCCAGUUUGCUUCCCUUUGGGACAUUGUCACCAAUAGAGUGGCCAUUAUGACAGUACAGUAGGGGGCCUUCUUGUAGUUUUCUAAAGAGGCUAGGCACCCUGGAGAGCUGUCCACAUUCGCCCUGCAGCAUGGGCUUUGCCUCGGUGUUCUGUACACUGGAAGACUCUUCAUAUUUCCAAACAGAAAGACAAGUGUUGUGGAAGUGCCUGACUCAUCUCAGUCCUAAAGAAUUAGAAGAAUUAGAUUGUCCUCAGUGUUUUAAUGUUUUGCACAAAAUUCUGAAUGAAUUUUAUACUUGGCAAAUUUUAAUGCUGGCAGCUGCAUAGUCAGUUCCUAAAGCAGUGAAUGUAUUGUCUCAUGAACGUCCUCAUCACAUGACCGUCUAGCUCCUUGUGUAGACCGCUGCAGAUCCCUUCAGAACAUAAGGCCUGGCCCGGGUGACACCAACUGAAGUGAUACUAGAGGUUGUUGAGUGACCCAGCUCAACUUUUGGGCCAGAGUCAGCUUGGUUUAGACCUCACUGCAUCAGGCUGCUUCUGUCCUGUGUCUGUAAAUCUGCUCUUGGCUGGCUUUCUCUGAUGUUGCUCGCUUGCUUGCUUCUUUGCUUUGGAAGGCUAUCCAAGAUGUAUAAACAAUUCUUUAGGAAAAAAAAUUGCUAUUAACUCAAACAAAAACACUGCAAAAGGAAUGGAUAAUGGUGAUGCAGGGGAGUGGCUAGGGUGGAUGGCUGGAGUCUACAUGAAUUGGGGAAUUCUUUAUGAAAUAUCUGUCUGACUUUGUGAUCAAAUGAUGUAAUAUAAGAAUUGUAUAAAAAGAAAGAAUUGUCUGAUACUGAUCUGAGAAGUACUUCAGAGGCUUCUUGAUUUACAUAUUUAAAGUUUCUAAGAUUAUGCCCCCCUUGGCUGUGUAGCAAACUGUUUUAAUCCACAGUUGUGC